GGAAAUGUCAUCUCCAUCAGCAUUUACGGAUCGCCAACACGCACUGACCAAAACCCGUAGCGGCCCCCCACCCCACACUCCUAGCAUCCGCCGCCGUGCCCUCGUCGCGAUCUCCCACCCGAAUACCCGAUCCGCCAUGGCCGGAAUAAGGCUGACGCCCGAGGAGCCCGAGCUGCCGGUUGGCACCCCGCCCCGCCCCCAGCUCCCGCCCUCCGUCGCCGGGGCCGGCGGCAGCGGCGGCCUGGAGGUGGCGUCGGACGACGAACGCUCCGUGGCAGCGGACUCGUGGUCCGUGCGGAGCGAGUACGGGAGCACGCUCGACGACGACCAGCGCUACGCCGACGCAGCCGAUAUGCUCGCCGCCUCCGCCUCCGCCUCCGCCAACUUCCCCUCCGCCGCCUCCGAUUACUGUUCUGACAAGGAUGAUCAAGAUCCUGGUGAUGAUGAAGGAUCAAUGCUGGGUCUCCAAAGCUAUUGGGAUGCUUCUUAUUCAGAAGAUCUUGCAAAUUUUCAGGAACAUGGGCACACUGGAGAAAUAUGGUUUGGUGAAGAUGUAAUGGAUACAGUUGCUGUUUGGACGAAAAAUUUGUGCAACAUUAUUCCAGGUGGGAUUUCAUCUGGUAAUGACAGCAUCGAAUGUGAAGUUGAUGAAAAAGUAUUCUCCAACUACCCUGUGCUUGAUGUUGGAACUGGGAACGGCCUUCUUUUGCAAGCGCUUGCAAAGCAGGGGUUUACAGACUUAACAGGAACUGAUUACAGUGAAGGAGCCAUUGAACUUGCAAGACACCUUGCUGCUCGUGAUGGAUUUGCUGCAAUAAACUUUUUGGUUGAUGAUAUACUUGAGACAAAGUUAGAUAGGAAAUUCAAAAUUAUUACAGACAAAGGGACAUUGGAUGCCAUCGGAUUGCAUCCAGAUGGUCGUGCAAAAAGAAUAAUGUAUUGGGAAUCUGUAUCGAACUUGGUUGAGUCUGGUGGCAUUGUGAUCGUAACAUCAUGUAAUCACACAAAGGAUGAGCUUCUGCAAGAAGUGGAAGACUUCAGUAAGAGAAAAUUUGGCAAGGAGAACACGGAUAAAGGUGCAGGAAAUGUGUCCCAGGUCUUCCGGUACAUAGAUCAUGUCCGAACAUACCCCACCAUAAUGUUUGGAGGAGUUGAGGGGUCUCAAGUGUGCACCGUGGCCUUUCAAAGGGUGUGACAGAGAACCGAGACGCUUAUAAUUCUCGGCCUAUUAUCAUUUUGGCUCCGAAGAAAUCGGCAGAAGGAAGUUCUAUACUUUACCUGUGUUUCCACUGUAUUAAGAAACAGUUCAAAUUAAGCGGCCAUCUAGGGUUAGCUCAUUUAUCCACGGUUACUAUUGGUCUAGCCUAGACUGAACUGUUUCGAUCGUCCUGAUUGUCAGGAUAGUAAGAGAACUUUCCGUACUAUUUUUAUGUAAUUGUAAACGAACUAGAUGAGUCAUCUUUGUAUUCUACAAUUUGUUGAAUUCCUAACGGAAUAUGAUUGGAGUCCUAGUCCUAUGUUAGAUGGGCUAUUUUACCCACUACUUCCU